AUGUUUAUUUGGCAAUUAUUUGUCGUUAUUAGUAUGAUGAAUGAGAUUGAUUCACAAGGAAUCUUUCAUAGUCAGUUUGUUCUCACAAAUUUAAACAAAAAAUACAUUCCUGUCAAUUUCUCAGCUCAAAUUCUUUCGAUAACUUUAACAAGUACAUCAAAGCUAUGUGCUCUUGCCUGUAAUCAAAAUAUAAUGUGUAGUAUAUUUGACUACGAAGUGUUCAUGUCAAAUGAAUGUCGAUUAUUCGAGGGUGAUAUCGAUACAGUAGGAUCAAUUGAUGUUUCUUCGUCACCUCAAUCCAUUGUUGGCAUUGUUAAAUUGUCAUCUGAACUUUUCGCACAAUAUGGUCAGUCUUGUUCUUCUAAUCAUCAGCCGACUCGUUAUCUUAUAUGUGGUAACGAUUCAACCUAUCAAUGUAUACCACAUAGUUAUUGGAAUGCAUUAAUUUCUAUGUGUAAGCCACAAUUACCUAUCCUCGGUGCAAAAUGUUCACAAAAUACAAGUAUGUGUCGUACUGAUCUUAAUUUGAUUUGUUUACCGUUCAAACAAUGUGGUCCAUAUGAUUUAUUAAUUGGUACAACAAUUGCUGGCUAUGAUAAUACAACAAAUGGCGUUGAUGCUCAAGGACUUGGUCAACCACGAGGCAUCUAUAUUUUGCCAUUAAAUAAUACCCUUUUUGUUGGUGACUCAAACAAUUGUCGCGUACAACGAUUCGACUUUGGUUCUCGUACAGGUACUACAGUGGCUGGAGGGACUGGUUGUGGUUCAAAUCUCGUUCGAAUGUCUAAAAUUUGGAGUAUUUUUGUUGAUAAUGAUGAAAAUAUUUAUGUUGGUGACUACAAUAAUGAACGUGUAGCACUUUGGUUGCGUAAUGCAAGCCAAAGUGUCGUUGUUGCUAAUGAAGGUAAAAUGGAUGGUGUUACUUUGGACCAGUACGGAAAUUUAUAUACAGCAGUUUAUAAUCGUCAUGUUAUCUUACGAAAUAAUAAUACUGUAGUUGCUGGUGUUUAUAAUGUAAAUGGUAAUUCGACGAUACAUUUGGAUGCUCCACGUGGUAUCUUCUUUGAUAAAAAUACUUCAUCAAUAUUUGUCUGUGAUACUCGUAAUCAUCGUAUUCAACAAUUUCAUAUGAAUAGUUCCAUUGGAAUUACAGUGGCAGGAGGAAAUGGAGCUGGUUUAGGUCCACAUCAGUUAGAUAGUCCGAUCGCUGUUUGGGUGUCAUCCAAAACUGGUUAUAUUUACAUUGCAGACACAAAUAAUCAUCGUGUUCAACGAUGGAAACUUAAUGAUACAGAAGGAGUCACUAUUGCAGGUACAGGAAUAGCCGGACAAGAUUCGACAAUGUUCAAUGCAACCACUGGACUCACAUUAAAUUCUGAUGAAACAUAUCUUUAUGUUAGUGAUCAAAAUAAUAAUCGAGUUCAACGUUUUAAACUUCUCGUUUAA